AUGGUUCCCGCCCCCAUCGACCCAUCAAUCACCGACGUGGCGGAGCCGCGGAAGGACACCCUCGGGCUCCCGGAAACUACAAAGGCAAGACUGACCAAGGCCGGCAUCGACCUGUCAAACGGGUACCCGUACCGUCCCUCGCGGCCUCUGUACCUGGACGAUGCGUACAACAUCCGCAACAAGGAGAGGGAGUACAUCGAUGCCGGCUCGAGGGCGGACAAGUCCAAGAAGAACCUGUUUGAAGCGGCGACCAAAGUCACAAACCUGACGGCGCACAUUGGUACGGAGAUUGAGGGUCUGCAGCUCAAGGACCUGACGCCCGAGCAAAAGGACGAGCUCGCGCUGCUCAUUGCCGAGCGCAGCGUUGUGUUCUUUAGGGAUCAGGAUUUGUCGCCUCAGCAGCAGAAGGAGCUGGGUGAUUGGUAUGGCGAGGUUGAAGUCCACCCUCAAGUCCCACAAGUCCCAGGUGUCCUGGGCGUCACGGUCAUCUGGCCAGCUUUGAUGGCCACCGAGAGGAAAGCCAACUUCCGCAACCCCGGCGGUGCGUCGAGAUGGCAUACCGAUCUGGUCCACGAGCGUCAACCCUCCGGCAUCACACACCUGCACAACGACGCCGUCCCGCCCCUCGGUGGCGACACGCUCUGGGCCAGCGGAUACUCGGCCUACGAGAAGCUCUCGCCCGACUUCCGCAAAAUCAUUGACGGAAAAUACGCCAUCUAUCGUUCUGCUCACACGUACCUCGACCGGAACGACCCCGAAGCUGGGCCCAAGCACAUUGAGCGGGCGCACCCCCUCGUCCGCGUCCAUCCUGCGACGGGUUGGAAGUUUCUCUAUGUGAAUCGCCUGUUUACCACACAGAUUAUCGGGUUGGAGAAGGCCGAGAGCGAUGCCAUUCUCAACUACCUCUUUGAUGUGUAUGAACAGAAUGUGGAUAUUCAGGUCCGGUUCAAGUGGACCCCCAAUACCAGCGCCCUAUGGGAUAACAGAAUCACCAUUCACAAUGCCAGUUGGGACUAUGAGGGCAAUCACCCUCGUCAUGGAACUCGUGUGACGUCUCUUGCCGAAAAGCCCUACUUUGACCCCAGCGCGCCGACGCGUCGUCAGGCGUUGGGAUUGCUGGGUCCUGAUGAGAAGGAGGAGCUCGGCGUUGACGGAACUAUCAAGGGACUGAAGGAUUUCUCUCUAUAG